CAAAGAAUGUAACAGAAUUGGAACUUACGACGACGUUACUACAAUUUGAAACAGAACGCGUAGCAUCUAUUUGGUUUGAUCGCAGUUGAAGCUCCUAUAAUCGGUGACAGUAUCUCCGUUUUGUUAAUGGCAACUUUGUACGGCAAACUGAGCAAGAGAAACAUAGUCCAACAACUACUUUGUAUCCGAUGUUGUCAUGCCUCAGUUUCUCAAAACCAUAUUUAUAACUCGUCUCGGUUAGUGCAGCGAUCUAACAAAAAGAUAUCUAAUCUGAUUCGAAGUGGUAGACUAAGUGAAGCUAGAGCACUAUUCAAUUCCAUGAAUCACCGAAAUACCGUUACAUGGAACUCCAUGAUAAGUGGGUACGUUCAUCGGAGAGAAAUUGCCAAGGCGCGCCAACUGUUCGACGAAAUGCCCCAAAGGGACAUCGUGUCCUGGAACCUCAUUGUUUCGGGUUACUUUUCGUGUCAUGGAAGCAGGUUUGUUGAGGAAGGAAGAAAGCUGUUUGAUCUAAUGCCCCAGAGAGAUUGCGUCUCUUGGAACACAGUCAUCAGUGGGUAUGCUAAGAAUGGCAGGAUGGACCAGGCUCUGAUGGUCUUCAACGCUAUGCCGGAGCGCAAUGUUGUGUCCUCCAACGCUGUGAUCACUGGGUUCUUGCUGAAUGGUGAUGUGGAGUCUGCUGUUGGUUUUUUCAAGGCGAUGCCUGAGCGUGAUUCGGUCUCUCUUAGUGCCCUUAUUUCGGGGCUUGUUAGAAAUGGUGAAUUGGACAUGGCUGUUGGGAUUCUGCGUGAUUUUGGGAAUGGGGGUGAUGGAAAAGAUGAUUUAGUGUAUGCUUAUAACACACUGAUUGCGGGUUAUGGCCAAAGAGGCCAAGUGGAAGAAGCUCGGCGCCUUUUUGAUGGGAUUCCAGAUGAUCAAGGCGAUGCUGAUAGCGGUCAAAGGAAAUUCAAGCGAAACGUGGUCUCGUGGAAUUCGAUGAUGAUGUGCUAUGUGAAAGCAGGAGACAUAGUUUCUGCCAGGGGACUCUUUGAUAGGAUGGGGGAGCGCGAUACUUGUUCUUGGAACACUGUGAUCAGUGGCUAUGUUCAAAUCUCCAACAUGGAAGAGGCUUCAAAGCUUCUCAGGGAAAUGCCUAGUCCUGAUGUACUUUCAUGGAAUACAAUAAUAUCUGGGUUUGCACAGAAGGGUGACUUGAAUCUUGCAAAAAAAUUCUUUGAGAGGAUGCCCAACAAAAGCCUGAUCUCAUGGAACUCAAUAAUAGCUGGCUGCGAGAAGAAUGAAGACUAUAAGGGUGCUAUUCAGCUCUUUUCUCAGAUGCAAGUUGAGGGGGAGAGGCCAGAUAGACACACAUUAUCUUCAAUUCUCAGUGUGUGUACUGGGUUGGUGGAUCUUUACCUUGGUAAGCAGAUUCAUCAGCUGGUCACAAAGACUGUUCUUCCAGAUUCGCCGAUAAAUAAUUCCCUUAUUACCAUGUACUCAAGAUGUGGGGCAAUAGUUGAUGCAUGCACUGUAUUUAAUGAGAUAAAACUUUAUAAAGAUGUGGUUACUUGGAAUGCGAUGAUUGGAGGCUAUGCAUCUCAUGGCUUAGCUGAAGAAGCGCUCGAACUUUUCAAACUGAUGAAAAGGCUUAAAAUUCACCCUACCUACAUAACCUUUAUUUCGGUAUUGAAUGCAUGUGCCCAUGCAGGAUUAGUUGAAGAAGGGAGGAGGCAAUUCAAAUCCAUGGUUAAUGACUGUGGUAUUGAGCCACGGGUUGAGCACUUUGCCUCCCUUGUGGACAUCUUGGGACGGCAGGGGCAGCUUCAGGAAGCUAUGGAUUUGAUAAAUACCAUGCCACUUAAACCAGAUAAGGCUGUGUGGGGUGCAUUACUAGGGGCUUGUAGAGUGCAUAAUAAUGUAGAAUUGGCCCUAGUAGCAGCUGAUGCUUUGAUCAAACUUGAACCAGAAAGUUCAGCUCCGUAUGUGUUGUUAUAUAAUAUGUAUGCUAAUUUAGGACAAUGGGAUGAUGCUGAGAAUGUGAGAGUGAAGAUGGAAUAUAAGAAUGUCAAGAAGCAAACAGGUUAUAGUUGGGUUGAUUCUUGAUUUUUCUGAUCCCCAAUGAGAACUUUGCCGUUUUAGGACUUCAAUCAGCAAUAGAUGUCAGAUCAUGCCAUUGUUAGAAGCGUUAAUAUUGUGAGAGAGAAAAAAUGAUAUUGACUGGUUAAGUAGAUAUUGAUGUGAAAUUGUAAGUGUUGGUUUGACAUGGAAGAAAUAAUGUGUCUUCUGGCAAACAUUAAUCAGAGAUCAAUUUGCUGGUGUCAGUUGUACAUGAUUUCAAUCAUGGAUGGCCGGAAGAUUGGCAUGUCACAAUUUUUCAAUUGCUCCUAAAAUAAUUACUCCCUCCGUUUUUUAUUCAUAGUCAUUUAAGGUUUUGCAUGAGACUUAAGAAAAUGAUUGAUAUUUUAGUUUUCAAAAAUAUUUAUUACUUACUUUCCUAUUCUACUAUCUAUUUUUUUAUAGUAUUUCUUUAGAAAUAUAUUGCCCUUUUAAAUACAACAUUAACUUUACAUAGGUGAUUAGAGAAAAAAUAGGUAGACAUUAGAAAUAAAUAGACACAUUGUUCAAUAAAUAUACAUUAAUUAUCGAGGGUAAAAAUGAGAAAAAAAAUUAAUAAGUCAUUAAUUUUAGUAAAAUGACAAUGAAAAAAAACGACAAAUUCUGACAAAACGAUUAUGAAUAAAAACGGAGGGAGUAUUUUUAUGAUGAUGAGGGUGUGUGUUUGUGAGACCUUAUGUGUCAAAUCUUUCACAACAUAUGAUACAAGAUGUCAAUCCCAUGGCCAUUCCUAUCCUGGCUUUGUGCUUAUUCUCAACUCAGAUCAUUGAGGCACAGGUUUGAACACAACAUCAAAUCAAGAUGUCAAUCCCAUGCUUAACAUCUUUUGGAAUGACAAUUUCUUCCUCAAUUGCAUUGCCAGUUAGAAAGAAAAGAAUGUAGAAAGGGAAACAUCAUGCAAAAUAGAGUUUUAGGGACUGACUUAAUUAUUUUUGCUAAUGUAACAUACAACAAUCUAUAUUGAUACUGAAUCUAGAGUAGGAUUUACUAUUAACAAUAAUAUUUGUUUUUGGAGUUUUCCAAAUGUAGGUGUCACUCAAUUCCUGUAUGCAAAAAGUCUUUCUGCCAUGAAAUGGUCCUUGUGACUAUUUGGCACUGAAAAAGUGUGUCGAAAAUUUGACUUAACAAAGCUAAGUUUACUCGGAGUAUUUCUUCCUGUAUUUAGCCAGAGGCAGCUUUUACUAGAAUUAUUUCUAACGAUAAACCAAUAUAUAAGCUUAGUAAUUUGAUUCUUUGAAGCAUCGAGAUGAUUACAUUCAUAUUUACUUUGUGCAUCAAUAAGGUUGUCUUUCAGGGGCAUUUGUUAUUGUGAUACUAAAUUUUUCAAUGUUAAGUUACCAUUUUAGCACAAAUUAUUCAGCAUAGUCUUAUUUUUUUUCUCCAUUUCAGUGAACUGAUAAUAGUUUGGUGCUUAUUCUAAGGAUCAUUUUUCGCUCAAUUUUUCCUUAAAGGAGAUCAGACUUCAAAUCUCAACCCUUCCAUCAAUUUAGUGAUGUAGAUUGUCAUGGCAUUGGACCAAGAAUGGAGAGUACCUCUGGGCUCUGGCCAUCACUAGAGAAAGCUCAGGUUGCCCCAAGAGCAGGAGGUUACGAUGACAAUAUCUACAAUCUGGAUUUGCCUGCGUAUGAGGUGAUGGAAUUUUAUAAGGAAGGCAGUCAACAAUUUUGCUAACAAGGUUCAUUCUUUUAAUAGAGAAAAAAUGCAACUUGUGCUUAAAGUGGUUGUAUCACGACCAAAUACUAUUAUCCCUUUUCAAUGAAUUAUGAGCCAAUUUUAAUAAGUCAUUUUUAUUUCUUG